AUGGGGUUUUAUAGGUGUGGGUUUGCACAGAGCCAAGAAGCAUAUGAUAGAGCGGCAAAUGACUUAUUUUGUACACUAGACAAGUUGGAGGAUCACUUGGCCAAUUCCCGCUACUUGUGUGGAGACACACUACUCACCCUUGUAGAUAUAUGCCUAUUUACUACAUUGAUUCGGUUUGAUCUUGCCUAUAAUGUUCUUUUUAAAUGUACCAAGAAGAAGUUAUACGAGUAUGUCAAUCUACAUGCCUACAUGCGUGACAUUUAUCAGCUGCGUGGGUGUUCAUGGCAUGAUGGAAAGAUUCCCAAGGUCGCAGCUACAUGCAAUUUCACAGAAAUUAUGGAUGGUUACUAUAAAAUCCUGUUUCCUCUCAAUCCAGGGAGCAUUAGACCAAUCAUGCCUUCAACUUCUGAGCAUGAAAUCCUUUGCACGCCUCAUGGCAGGGAAUCCCUAUCAUCGUCUACGCCAGCAUUUGUUAAAUAG